AUGAACGGUAUCGAAACAGGCAGCCCGGAACGGGACACUCUCCACAGAAGCGAACGUGCAGCUCUCCCACUGCGAUUCAAGCGACAUGUGUGGCAGUGCAUUGCUCGCGGGUUCCUGCUUCUGAUCCCCCUGUUCAUAACAAUUCUCAUAGUUCGCUACCUCAUCGGCUUCGCGGGAAGCGUGAUAAGCCCGUUCGUCGACUUUGUGAUCAGCAGGCCAAUCCUGGACGACAUCCCCGGCGCGACGCUGAUUGUCUGGUCGGCGGUUACAGCUUCGGCUCUCGUGUUGUUCUAUGGUCUGGGAAUGCUGGUCACCGGCGAAAAGGGCAAGAUCAGAGUGGCGUUGGGAAUCAACGCCUUUCUGGGCCGCAUCCCGGUAGUCAAGUCGAUCUACGACGUGGCGAGCCAGACUACCCAGGCACUAUCGACUCCUAGGGAGAACGCCUUCAGCCGGGUCGUGUUCUUGGAGUGGCCAAGGCCCGGAGUGAGGGCACUGGGGUUGGUUACGGGGCAGUGCAUGCUGCCGCAUGACGACCGGGCGAUGCUCGUCAUCUACAUCGCGACGGUGCCGAAUCCGACAUCCGGGAUGCUGGCGGUGAUUCCUGAAGAGGAGGUAGUCGACGCGGGCAUCAGCGUCGAGCAGGCGAUGAAGAUUAUCUUCUCCGGCGGAAUAGUAAUCCCCGAAGGAUUGCAGGAGACGAUUACGGUCGUGGAGGGCCGAGAUCGUAACCCUGUGACCGCGGGGCAGGACCGAUGCUAG